ACAAAGCCUUAAGCUUCUUAUAAAUCAGAAGAAAGACGAGACCAUUCUUCUCAUAGCUUCAACUUCUUUUCUAGAACAAAAAUGGGGAGACCACGAUUGCUUGUAGUGUCGAUGUCGCUUCCGGUUACUGCAAAGAGGAGUGGAGAAGAGUCUUGGUCUUUCACGAUGAGUCCUGGUGGUCUUGUUAGUGCUCUUCUAGGUUUAAAAGAGUUUGAGACCAAAUGGAUUGGAUGGCCUGGCGUAGAUGUUCAUGAUGAGAUUGGGAAAAAGACACUCUCCAUUGCCCUAGCUGAAAAGGGAUGUAUCCCAGUGUAUUUGGAAGAAGUGUGUGAUCAAUACUAUAAUGGCUACUGCAACAAUAUUUUGUGGCCGAUAUUUCAUUACAUGGGAACGCCACCAGAAUAUCGUAACGAUGCAACCAUAACAUACCAGUCACAGUAUGAUGCAUACAAGAAAGCGAAUCAAAUCUUUUUUGAUGUCGUAAAAGAGCACUACGAAGAUGGAGAUGUAGUUUGGUGCCAUGAUUAUCAUGUUAUGCUUCUUCCUCAGUAUCUAAAGGAAUACAACAAUAAGAUGAAAGUUGGGUGGUUUCUCCAUACACCAUUCCCUUCCUCCGAGAUGUACAAAACGUUGCCCUCCCGAUCCGAGUUGCUUCGCUCUGUUCUCACUGCUGAUUUAGUCGGUUUCCAUACCUAUGACUUUGCAAGACAUUUCGUGAAUGCAUGCAUGUGUAUUCUUGGAAUUGAAGCAACAUCUGAAGGAGUUGUGGAUCAGGGCAAAGUCACUCGAGUAGCUGUUUUUCCAAUUGGGAUAGAACCUGAGAGGUUUAUAAACACAAGUGCACUCUCUGAGGUCAUUCAAUACAUGAAGAAGUUUAAAAACGAUUUUGGUGGCAGAAAGUUGAUAUUAGGAGUCGAUCGUCUCGAUAUGAUCAAAGGGAUCCCACAAAAAUAUCAGGCAUUUGAGAAAUUUUUAGAGGAAAAUGAAGACUGGCGUGGUAAAGUCAUGUUACUUCAGAUUGCAGUGCCAACAAGAAAUGGUAUUGGUGAAUACCAAAAGAUCAAAGACCAAUGUCAUGGACUUGUUGGACGAAUCAAUGGUCGUUUUGGUUCUAUCUCCUCUGUUCCAAUAAUUCACCUGGAUUGUUCUAUUGACUUUAAUCAACUAUGCGCACUUUAUGCUAUCACAGAUGUACUACUUGUGACAUCUUUGAGGGAUGGGAUGAACCUUGUGAGUUCUGAAUUUAUUGCCUGCCAAAAAGCAGAAAAAGGGGUUCUCAUUCUAAGUGAGUUUGCAGGUGCUGGACAGUCACUUGGUGCUGGAGCUCUUCUUGUGAAUCCUUGGAACAUUAAAGAAGUCUCUGCAGCCAUUGGAGUAGCUCUAAAUAUGUCACCUGAAGAAAAGGAGAGAAAACAUAAAAUCAAUUUUCAGUAUGUGAAGAGUCAUUCUACUCAGCAGUGGGCAGAUGAUUUCAUGAAUAAACUUAUUGAAAUUACAACUAAUGCGAAGCUACGAGCUGGAAAUGUCCCAUAUGAACUUCCAGCACAAGAUGUGAUUCAACAAUAUUCAAAGUCUAACAAUAGACUGCUAAUUCUUGGAUUCUAUGGAACGCUCACUCAGCCAAUGAAAAGUCAAGAGAGAAGAGGCGACGGGAUGAAUCUUGCGCUGCACCCACAGCUAAAAGAAAGACUAAAAGCAUUGUGCAAUGAUCCAAAAACAACAGUAGUUGUUCUGAGUAGAAGUGAGAAAAGCAUAUUGGAUAAGAACUUCGGAGAAUAUAACAUGUGGCUGGCUGCGGAAAAUGGAAUGUUUCUAAGGCAUACAAGUGGGGAGUGGGUGACAAAAAUACCAGAAAACAUGAACCUGGAAUGGAUUGAUGGUGUCAAGCAUGUUUUCAAGUACUUCACUGAACGAACUCCAGGAUCAUUUUUCGAAACAAGCGAGGCUUCGCUUGUAUGGAAUUACGAAUAUGCUGAUACUGAAUUUGGGAAAGCUCAAGCAAGAGACAUGUUACAACACUUGUGGGCAGGACCAAUCUCUAAUGCAUCAGUGGAUGUUGUCCGAGGAGGCCAGUCUGUGGAAGUCCAUGCUGUUGGUGUAACAAAGGGAAGUGCAAUGGAGCGCAUUCUAGGAGAAAUAGUGCACAAUAAGUCAAUCACUACACCAAUUGAUUAUGUUUUGUGCAUGGGCUGUUUCUUGGGAAAAGACGAAGACAUUUACACCUUCUUGGAGCCCGAGUUAACCAAGAAAACUAAGUCGUUUCCUUCUUCAGGUAGUAACUCCCCCAAGAAGGUCUCAUCUACCAUCGUUGACCUCAAGGGAGAGAACUACUUCUCCGUAGCUAUUGGACAAACGUACACAAAGGCUCGCUAUUUCCUUCACUCAUCUGACGACGUUGUGCAAUUGAUUAGCAAGCUUUGCACACACAACAACAAUGCUUGACUCAUCUUCACUAUAUCUUUGUAUCGAGAGAUGUUUGGCUAAAUCUGUACCAUUGAAUAUUUGAUUUGCAAUUUUGGCACUUAACAAACUCAUUUGCCAUACUCUCUCUUUUUUUUUUUUUUUCUUAAGUUUCUUUUCUGUCUCUUUUUCUAUUUCUUGUUUUGUCUCUCUCUCUUCCCUCUGUUCUUUAAUGGAUUGGAAACUAUUUCCUUAAUAAUUUUUUAUUGUGUUGGAAAACUAAAAA